CCAGGCUUUUUGCCUCGGUCGGGCUCUUUUCUCUGUGCUGCUCUGCGGGUUCGCCUUUCAGCCCGUCUCUCUCUGCUUCGGAUGUUUGGUUUGCCUCUCACAAACUCUCUGGACCUCUUUCACCCUUUAAAAGCCCCCACCAUGCUGUGGCCCCUGCUGCUGCCCCUGCUGCUGUUGCUGGCUGUGAGCUGGGUCCAGACGACCCGGCCAUGCUUCCCUGGGUGCCAGUGUGAGGUGGAGACCUUCGGCCUCUUUGAUAGCUUCAGCCUGACACGAGUGGAUUGCAGCGGCCUGGGCCCCCACAUCGUGCCCGUGCCCAUCCCUCUGGACACAGCCCACCUGGACCUGUCCUCCAACCGGCUGGAGACCGUGAAUGAGUCGGCGUUGGCAGGGCCAGGCUAUACCACGCUGGCUGGCCUGGAUCUCAGCCACAACCUGCUCACCAGCAUCUCGCCCACCGCCUUCUCCCGCCUUCGCUACCUAGAGUCGCUUGACCUCAGUCAUAAUGGCCUGGCAGCCCUGCCUGCGGACAGCUUCACCAGCUCGCCCCUGAGUGAUGUGAACCUCAGCCACAACCGGCUCCGUGAGGUCCCAGUGUCUGCCUUCACUACCCACAGCCAGGGCAGAGCGCUCCAUGUGGACCUCUCCCACAACCGCAUCCACCGCCUCGUGCCCCACCCCGCCCAGGCCAGCCUGCCCACACCUACCAUCCAGAGCCUGAACCUGGCCUGGAACCGGCUCCGCACUGUGCCCGACCUCCGGGACUUGCCCCUACGCUACCUGAGCCUGGAUGGGAACCCACUGACUGUCAUCAGCCCAGGUGCCUUCACAGGACUGGCUGGCCUGACACACCUGUCUCUGGGCAGUCUGCAGGGUAUCCCCCAACUGGCACCCUACAGUUUCUGUGAGCUGCAUAGCCUGCAGGUCCUGGACCUGUCAGGCAACCCCAAGCUCAAGUGGGCAGGAGCUGAGGUGUUCUCAGGCCUGGGCUCCCUGCAGGAGCUGGACCUGUCGGGCACAAGCCUGGUACCCCAGACUGAGAUGCUGUUCCUUCACCUCCCAGCGCUGCAGAGCAUCAGCGUGGGCCAGGGUAUGCAGUGCCGGCGCCUGGUACGGGAGGGUGCCUACCCCCGGCAGCCUGGCUCCAGCCCCAAGGUGGCACUGCACUGCAUAGACACUGGGGAACUGGCUUCCAAGGGCCCUAACGCCUUGUGACAAAUGGUGUGACCUGGGGCCACAUAAAAGACUGCUGCUCUGAGCUGACUCGGGUCCUGGGUAACUUAUAUUUUAAUGUGCCAAUGCCAGUGGGGACUCUGCAGGCCUAUGUGGCAGCAUCAUCAAAAGACAGCUGUGAACCUGGAAAGAGGUUCUGGACCUGGGAACAACACCCAGAAGCAAAGUCUUGCCCCUUUGUCUGUAUUGUCCCCAAACCAUAAGCAGAGGGUCUUAGAUGCCAAACCAGACAGCAGUCCCCUGCUGUCCUUCCUCACUUGACCCCAAAGUGCCUUCCCUCAGUCCUGGGCCAACCUGAUUGUGACAGAAGGUCAGAGGUCAGGUCCAUGGCUGAGUGCCCCCUUGGGCCUAUGGUCCAGUCCCUCAGGGGUGUGGGUUUCUUUUGCUCUGGGCACACGAGGCCCAUUUUAUCAUUUUUCUCUUCCCCUAGAACCCUGGGUAGAAUUUUAGUUAUAGAAAGGACUGGGGGAAUCAAGUCCACCUCCUCAUGUGACAGAUGGGAGAACUGAGGCCUAGAGAAGGAAGAUUGUUAAUCUGAGGUACUGCAGUGGCAGGGGCAUAACUGGACCAGCAUCCUGCCUCCCAGCCAAGCCCCUUUGUACUUUGCUGUCUUCUCUAAAUCAUGCCCUCCCUCUCCCCUUUCUGGGCUCCCCUUUGCUGCCAACAUCCACAUCCUGCCAUGUGUGCCCUUUUCCUGUCAUCCCGAGGAGGACAGGUAAGGGCCUCAGAGGUGGGACGCUGGGCCCACUGCCCAGCUGUGUUGCAUGGGCUAAGUCAUUUCACCUCUCAGAGCCUCUGGAAGCUUCAGGCAUGCCAGUUUCCCACUUUGGGGUGGGGUCCCCCAGCAUCCAAGACUGGAAAUGUGUGCAUUGACCCUUAAGGCACUGCCUCUAGAUGCUCGCCCAGCAGUCCUGGAGCCCACCUGGCCACAAGCACGGUGGGGCCUCCCAGAUUCAGCCUCCACUGGCCCAGAGCUCACAGCACAUCUCCCCCUACUAAGAAAGCAAGGAGGCAGGCAGUUCCCACCCAAUUUUAUUUUCCCCCACCAGGGUGGCAUCUCAGAUUCCCAGCCCUGGGUUCUUUCCUUAGUGCUCAUUUUAUACAAGUUGUUGCCUUUUUAAUGGACUGUCACUUUUAACCAGCUCCCCGUCCCCACCCCUGCUGGCAGGGGAUGGAAAGUAUCAUUUGUAAAAGAAAAAGGUUGCAUUUGUUCACUUUUGUAAUAGUGUGUCCUGGGGGGGUUGUUGGAGGAGGAGGUGUUGGGUGGCAGCCAGCCAUCAGUGGCCAUCAAAGGGCUAGACCCACAAAGACACUCAUAGGACAAUGAGAGCUCAGUCCUCCCCCACCAGCCUCACCCAACACCUAACUAGUUCUUGGUUUAAUAAAGGUUAUAAAGAAUCCCUCUUUCCA